AAUAAGAAGAAGAUCAGAGGAGUCGAUGCUUUGAUGUCAGUGAAGAAGAAGUUCAUCCUUCCUUCUUCUUCCAUUGUCUUUGGCCUUUCUCUGUUCUGUUUGCCCAGACCGAACAAACAAAAACAUCAACCCCACGUCACCUAAAACGAAGCCUUUGUCCUUCCUCCUCUUCCCCACUUCCUUUCCUUUGUUACAUUCUUCAUUGACUUAUCAUCGCAUGCUUUAUAUUCAACCCAGAACAAUGUCACUCCCCAUUCUCGACACUCCCUCCACUGUGUCCCCCCCCUCUGUAGCGUAAGACCCACCACCAAUCGCCUCCCCCGGCAAAUCACAAUCCCGUCCCCUGAAAUUCUUGAUUCCCUGCGUCUUUGAAUCCCGCUGCCGUGCUGCUGUUCGAGUUCUCAUGCCAAUGGGACCCGUCAGGGGAGGAGGAGGGGUCCUCAAGAAGACCAAGAGGAGGAGGAAGAACAAGAACAGCAACAACAAGGGAGGAGACAGCGACAAGGUUGACUCGAACGUGACACUGUUGAGUGCUCAGCCCCGGCAGAGCUUCGAUUGGUGGGAUGAUUUCUCCAAGAGGAUUACAGGUCCUUCAUCACAGUCAGGGAAGCCAAAGGAAUUUGAGUCUAUCUUUAGAAUAUCGAGGAAGACAUUUGACUACAUAUGCUCACUCGUCGGGGAGGAAUUGAAAACUAAGCCCUCCAACUUCACCGAUCUUUCAGGGGAGCCCCUGUCGUUAAACGACCAAGUGGCCGUAGCCUUAAGGCGGCUCAACUCUGGGAAGUCAUUAACAAGCAUUGGGGAAUCCUUCAAAAUCAGCCAAUCAACCGUCUCCCAUGUGACGUGGCGCUUUGUGGAGGCCAUGGAGGAGAGAGGGAUCUCCCAUCUCUAUUGGCCCUCAGACGGGGCUGAGAUAGGCCAGAUCAAGUCCAAGUUCGAGAAGAUCCGAGGACUGCCGAAUUGUUGUGGGGCAAUUGACACCACCCAUAUCCUUAUGAACUUGUCCAAUGUGGAUGGAUCCAAUGACGUCUGGUAUGAUCGAGAGAAGAACUGCAGUAUGGUUUUGCAGGUGAUUGUGGAUCCAGACCUCCGGUUUCGUGAUAUAAUCACAGGCUGGCCCGGAAAGCUCAGUGAUGCUACCAUCCUUAAGAGUUCGGGCUUUUAUGGGCUAGCAGAGGAAGGUAAGAGGCUGAACGGGAAGAAGGCCUCACUCUUUGAAGGAACAGAACUGAGGGAGUACAUAGUUGGGGACUCGGGCUUCCCACUCUUACCGUGGCUACUAACCCCCUUCAAGGGGAAGGCACGGGCCCAGACUGAGGACCAUCGUGCCAGGUUCAACAGGCGGCACUUUGCAACCCGGAUAGUGGCCCAGAGAGCAUUGGCAAGGCUGAAGGAGAUGUGGAAGAUGAUCGGAGGAGUGAUGUGGAUGCCCGACCGGAACAAGCUGCCGAGGAUCAUAUUCGUCUGCUGUCUGCUCCACAACAUUAUCAUUGACCUCGAGGACGAGGUCCAGGAUGAGAUGGUUCUGUCUCACGAGCACGACGCGGGCUACAGGCAGCAAGUCUGCGAUCUCGCCGUUAGUGAGGGAUCACUGAUCAGGGAGAAGCUCUCAUUGUAUUUGUCGGGAAAACUGCCGCCAUGAUUUGUGGCUGAAGGUGCAGAGUAGUUUUUUUUGUAGUUGUACUCAUCGGAAACUGACAUGGAACAAGAUGUUAUAGUAAGAAUGGUUUUUUUUACCGGGAGAGUUGUGAACGUCAGUAUGUUAUUUGGAGUUC